AUGUCAUCGUCCACUUUUUCACAGACCAGAUCGCAGGCGCUCAGCUUGGAAAAACAGACGGAAACGCUUUUGGCGCGGUACUCCAAUUUCCAGAACCAGAGUUCGGUAGAGGCUACCGACGAGGAAUCUCAAAUCUUCACCUCAAUCCAGGAGACAUUGGAAAAACGCGAUGCGACGCUUGCAAAGUUGAACCGCAUCAGCGAUAGCAUGGACACAUUGCUGACUUCCAAGUUGCAGCAGUUAACUCGUCACAAGGAGAUUCUUAGCGACCACAAGGCUUCCUUCAACAAGAUCGCUGCCAAUAUCGAAGAAGAACGUAACAGAAACAACUUGUUGUUUUCGGUUCGGUCAGACAUCAAUGCGCACAGACAGCAGCGGGCAGUUACAGACGAAAUCAACGGCAAUGACUACGUAUUGGAAGAGCGCCAGAGAGUCGACAAUGCCAAUACCUUUGCUGAUCGACUCUUGAACCUGGCAUAUCAGACACGUGACGAGCUCUACAACCAGCGUCAGUAUUUGAAUAAUGCUCAGCUGAAGAUGUUCAGCACUUUACAGCAAAUUCCCGGUAUCAAUGUGUUGAUCUCCAAGAUCAACACGCGUAGAAAGAGAGACACGUUUAUCUUGGCUACAGUGAUUGCGGCUUGUAUCUUGUUACUAUUUUUCUUUUAG